UUGCAGGUCCCAAGUUCAUGGUAUCAGAAGAUGUUCCUGAUGAAGAAGAAUGGGGAAAGGAUGUUGAAAAGGUUUCUUUGUUAAGCAACCGUGAAUCAGAGUUUCCUUAUAUAUCACCAAAGUGUCCUAAGCUUUCGACCUUGCUUCUACAAGGAUAUGCAACCAUCCCAGAUUCAUUUUUUGUGCAUUUGCAUGGACUCAAAGUUCUUCAUGUAUUUGGUGGUAGGAUUAAAUCUUUGCCGAAUUCGAUCUCUGACUUGGAGAAUCUUACUUCAUUAAGAGUUUACCGUUGUUUUGAUUUAAAGCGUGUGCCUUCAUUAGCAAAGCUUACAGCAUUAAGGAGCUUGGAUCUUUUGGAAUCUGCAACGAAAGAAAUACCUCAUGGUUUGGAAAAGUUGACCAAUUUGAGAUACCUCAGUCUUCGUGCAUACAAUCAAGAGAUGCCACCUGGGAUUUUACCCAAACUCUCUCAACUCCAGGUUCUCAAACUUAAUUGUGGGUCAAAUUCUUUAACGGUGAAUGGAGAGGAGAUAGUAAGGUUGAAGAAAUUAGAUUUGUUUAAAGGCAAAUUUUGUGGCUUGAAUGACUUCAAUACAUAUCUUGAAUCCUUAGAGGGAGGACCUAGCCAUUACGUGUAUUGCGCGAGAAAAACAAAGCCAGCUAGCGAGUUGGGUGAAACUGUAAAACUGCUCCCAAAGGACGUUCAGGCCCUAGCAAUUUUCGGAGGUCAGAAUUUAAGAUUUUUUUACAAAUGCAUGAAGUCCGUUUGUAUCAGGGAGUGUGAAGAAAUAGAAGACGUUUUUUCUUAUUCUUUCACCUUUCCUCUUCAAAGCCUUGAGAUUGUACAACUCGUAAAACUGGAUAAGUUACUGGUACUAUUUAGGGAAGAGAAAGUCACAGCAGCACCAAUGGUCCCACCUGGCACCUUUUCCCGUCUCAAAGAAUUUACAAUAUGUGAGCGUCCGAAUAUAAGGCAGCUCUUUGCGCUUGGGGUGCUCCUAAACCUGGCCAACCUGGAACAGAUUGCUGUCUUUCGGUGUCUGCAAUUAGAGGAAAUAAUAGCUAGGCCUGAAGCAUCUGAUGAAGUUGACGAAGAAGAAGCAAAAGAAAUUGUAGAAAUAUUCCCCCGAUUGAGGAGAUUGACAUUAGUGAUUUCACCGGAGCUGAAUACCAUAUGCAGUAGCAGUAAUGUAAUACUUUGUGAUUCUCUUGAUUCUAUUGAGAUAGAAGAGUGCCCGAAGCUUAAGAGACUACCUCUUUCUCUACGCCGUAUCAAUGGACAACUAUCUUCUCCGCCUUCUUCAUUACAAAUCAAAAUAGAGAAAGAAAGGUGGGAAUUGCUGGAAUGGGACAAUCAUGAUAUGAAGAUGGUCCUUGAACCUUGUUGUGAGUUCUUAUUUUAAGGUGAAAUCUCAAUGUGGGUGAGAGCAGUUUAACAUGACUCUUCUUCUGAUAUGUCACCAAGCCAAAACUGACUCAAGAAAUAAUUUUUGUGGUGUGGAUUCGCAAUGAGAAAUUGGCUCUCAAAUGUGUUUAUGUGUACUUUCUUAGCUCUUUUGGUUCUGAUUUGGUUCUUAUUUGAACUUUGUUUACGUUGUGAUUUAUGAAAGUGUGUUCUUCUCUUUGACUGAGUGGAUGAUCUUCAGUAAUAAUUGAUACUCGAUGGUAAUUUGUUUCGUAAUUGUGCAAGGAUUCAAACCUUGUAUGUUUCUGUUUUAGAGAUAAUGUAAAC